GAAAAAAAUUUAUUAAAAAAAACACAGUCUAAACUCUAAUUUACCGGAAACCCAAUCCACUUCCUUCAGAACCGCUUUGCCUCUGUAUCAGUUGUCGGAAUCGCACUGAACAACUACCCGGAAACCCAAAACCUCACCGGAAAACGCUCCGGAGUUUCUCGUCGGUCACCAGAAAUAGUGAUUCUUCAAUUUAUAUGCUUAAAAUUGUAAUGUUCUUCAUUCAGCUAGCUAGUUCAGUAUGAAUAUCUUAGGAACUAAUAGGUUUUCUAUUGAUCCUACUCUCAUAAUGGGAACCUAUUGCAAUAACCUGUUAUGCAAAAUUUACAACCCUAAUUACUCAAUAACCAAUAAUGCCAUCAAAUUGUAUCCUAUCCGGAACAAAAGAAACGCUUUAUGGAAUAAACUGAGUGAUUUUGAUAUCCAUAAACGCCAUUUUGAUUCGGUAUUAGUUGCCGUUAGUACUGAGGGAGUUGUGGAAGAAGUGGUGGAAGAAAACUGCAAAAGAUUUAGAUGGAAUGAGAUACGAGAUGGUAUCACAGAAGAACAAAAGCUGGCUAUAUCUAAACUUCCCUUCAAGAUGGUUAAGCGGUGUAAGGCCGUGAUGAGACAGAUUAUAUGUUUUUCUGAAGAAAAGGGAAGACUAUGUGAUGUUUUGGGGGCUUGGGUGAAGAUUAUGAUGCCUACUAGAGCGGAUUGGCUUUCGGUUCUGAAAGAGUUGAAAAAUAUCGAUCAUCCUCUUUACCUCGAGGUGGCAGAGCAUGCUCUUAUAGAAGAAUCCUUUGAAUCCAAUCUUCGCGAUUAUACAAAGUUGAUUCAUUAUUAUAGCAAGGCGAAUCAACUCGAAGCUGCUGAAAAUAUUUUCAUGUUAAUGAAGCAAAGGGGCUUCAUCUGUGAUCAAGUGAUUCUAACUACCAUGGUUCACAUGUACAGCAAGGCUUGCCAUCUUGAUCGGGCCGAGGAAUAUUAUGAAGAGAUCAAAUUGCUCGGUGAGCCUUUGGACAAAAGGUCAUACGGUUCAAUGAUCAUGGCGUAUAUUAGAGCUGGAAUGCCUGAAAAAGGAGAGAGUUUACUUGAAGAAAUGGACGCGCAAGAAAUAUAUGCAGGCAGUGAGGUUUACAAAGCAUUACUUAGAGCUUAUUCCGGGAUAGGUAAUGCGGAAGGAGCGCAAAGGGUUUUUGAUGCAAUUCAGUUGGCUGGUAUCAUUCCAGAUGAUAAGAUGUGUAGUCUUCUUAUUUACGCCUACGGUAUGGCUGGGCAAAGUCAAAAAGCUCGAAUUGCAUUUGAAAAUAUGAGAAGAGUUGGUAUCGAACCUACUGAUAAAUGCAUAUCUUCAGUACUUGUUGCUUAUGAGAAGGAAAACAUGCUAAAUACAGCAUUAGAGUUUCUAAUGGAUUUGGAGAAGGAUGGCAUUAUGGUUGAAGAAGAAACUUCUAGAAUACUGGCGGGGUGGUUCCGGAAACUCGGGGUUGUGGAAGAGGUGGAACUUGUUUUAAGAGACUUUGCCACCACUACCAGUCACCAAAGAAGCUAGUGUAAAGGUACUGCAUUAUAAUUUAUUUGAAGUUGUGUGUGAACAAUGUCCCUAAGAAAUCAUUCUUGUUUUCAAUGUAUUAUAGUCAUUUUAAUAUGCAAUGCUAUGCAAUGAAAACUACCCCUUUCUUUCCCUUUUCAA